CAUCAAUCAUCCAAAGCCAUCCAUCAAAUCAUCGUCACCAGUCUCCCAUGCCCGUGAUAUUGCUUCCAGCGUCAACUAUUCGCUCCCACUCAACUCUGGCCGAACAAGCAACCUCCUAGUCGAUGCGGACACUCCUUCUCUCGCCGACUCCUAUCGUCCCCUUUCUCUACCACAGGUGCAUGCGAUCGCAUAAAUGUCUAGUCUAAGGACUCACGGCCUGGCUUCCGGCUGAGCCAGGCUGACAACACCAAAUAUGUAUCAAGAAUGUACCUUGAUCGAAAACAUGUUCUUUCUGCCGCCUUUGCAGCAUUCGUUGCGUGGGGGCUCGCUGUACGGUGCCUGCCCGUACUACGAUAUCUCGGAUAUGCCUUCAUACUCGGUUGUAUACUCACCCUGCUCACUAUCACUGCGGCCACGGUGAUCGUGUGUAGACCCAGGGCCCCCUAUGGUGGUCCGUCCCCGCUGCCUGCAGAGGCUCCCACAUUCCUGCGUCCUGACAAAUGGCGCGCGGAGUUGUCGCUCUACGCAGCGUCCUGCGAAUACAAACCCUUACAACUCUAUGACAAGUCUUUUGUGGUUUCUCAGGCGCUGGAUGCCCUGAUCGGGCUUGCGCUAAGAGACUUCGCGUCAUCAUGGUACGGGAAGAUCACAAAGAGUUCGGUAUUUGUCAACGAAGUGGACAAGAAUAUCCGCGUAGCUCUUGCUGAGGUCCGGGACCGCAUUCUAAAUGAAGACAUGGUCAAUGUCAUUAUAUCCAGGGUCGUGCCAAUAGUGACCGCACACAUGCGCGAGUUCGACCAGGCAGAGCGCAUCGUCCGGGGGCGCAGUCUAAGCCGCAGUGUGACUGAGUCUGAAGAACUUGAGAUGGCCAUUGCAGCGAAAUACCGAGAUGGGAAACUGCACCCUGCAGCCUCGCUUGCCUUCUCCGACACCAAAACUAUCCAGCAGGAUCACCUCCGAAAGCUCUUGGUGCGGAUUCUACCCGAUGUCCUUUCUCCCACCAUGAUGGCCAGCCGGGCUACGCUGGUGCUAGUCAAGGAGAUAGUUGCGUGUGCCGUCUUGUGUCCAAUCUUACAACUACUGUCCGAUCCUGACACAUGGAAUCAGCUUGUGGAGGCAUAUGGGCGGACCACUCUACAAGACCGGAAAACCGUCCGUCGAAUGAGAGCUGCUCUUGAUCAACACACUUCCCCUAUGCCUCGAGGCCGGACCGAUCAGGAAUUACCACGUUUAGGUCCGGAUGACAGCGAGAGGGCUUUUGAGCGAUUUGUUAGAGCUAUUCGCAAGACGAAAAACUUGUCCGAUGCUCGCCGGUUCAGAAAUUCUAUUGCGAGCCAGAUUCAGCGCGAAAGCAUGGUCGAGGGCCAGGAUCCUGUCUACCUCCGAAGGCUCGAAAUGGCGAAGCGCGUAUUGGAUCAGAAGAUUGCCAAACUCGGUCAGACCGUAGCUGGAGGGAAAGCAGGAAUGCAGCAUCAAAGUCCACCUUCGGCCUCGAACGAAAAACCUCACGAAUGGAGAAUGGUCGAGAUCUUGCAUACUGCCUCAGGCCUCUCCUAUUUUAUGGAGUUUAUGGAUCGCCAGCAUCGCAUGCCUCUGGUACAGUUUUGGGUGGUAGUAGAUGGGUUUCGCAAUCCUCUGGAAGACGAUUUCGGAGAGGAAUUGAACCCAACGGGUCAACAGACUUGGACCGACGCCGAUCGUAUGGACAUUGCACAGAUCAGCGAAACGUACAUUUCGAAGCCAGAGCUGAAUGUUCCGCAAGAGACUAAGGAUGUUAUCAGGGCAUUUCUGGUCACUGGCCGUAAAGCAACACCGCAACAAUAUCGAGCCGCAAGGACUGCCAUCCUUGCAGCACAAUCUGCAGUAUUGGAAGAGCUUGAGACUCGUCAUCUGCCCACUUUUCGGAAAUCUGACCUGUACUACAAAUUUCUUGCUUCGAGCGAGGCGUCUGCGACGCGUCCGCGCCUCCAGAGUACUGGCAACAGUUCCGAAACGAACGACACACCGCUGUCACCCGGGGCGAAGGGCCCGAAACAACCUCCUAUUGCUAGAACCACUUCCGUUCAGCCUGCUUACCGAGCCAGAGACUUGAGAAGAGCAGCCGUCUCUUCGACUGAUGUCCGAAGUCUAGGAUCUUCCAAACUCUUCGAUGAUACAGAAGCUGCGAAGCGUACCUCACCGUCAGCACCGCUCUUUGACGAUGGAUACGAUACCGACCCUUUAGCGCAUUCUAUCCAAAGCCUUGGCCAGGAGUCGUUGAAUGGUGAUUCUCUUGAACAGCGUCGAGUCAUCGAGAACAUGGAAGCAGCCAUGAAUAACAUCAUGACAGAUAGCCCAAUGGAGGAUGGCACAAUAUAUGAUGAUGAUGCUCUCUUCACGUCACCCGUGUCCGGUUCGAAGUCGUUCAAGAAUGCGGAGUCACCGAGAGGGUCACUUGACUUUCAAAGCAACGAUAACGCCAACAAGCCAAAGCCCAGUCUAGCAACUCUGGGUUUGGUCAACACAUCUUCACGAAUCGGCGUCUUUGCUGACAACGAUCUUUUCCCAGAUGAGAAGAAGUUUCUGGAAGACGAGUACGUGGACAAUGACGAUGGGAAACAGAAUGAUUCGGCGGAGGAAGACGAAAUUCAUCAAGCAGCACCUGGGGACCUAGGUCUUGCCGAGGCAAUCACCGCCCUCACCAACGACAUCGAACGUCUUGUGACUCAAGAAUCAGUGGUUGAUACCUUGACCAGAAAAGCAGAAUUAACCAACAAUGUCGCCGAGCUGCGAAUACUCGGCAAGUCCAAGGCGAGCUUACAACGAGAGAUACGCCGGAAAGAGCUUCAACGCCAACAAUAUAUUGUACAAGAGAGCGACAACAGCUUAUACGGUCGGUCCAACAUUUCUAUCAAGUCAGUCGUUGUUGGUAAAGAGGAGGACGGACGAGAGUUUGCCUUGUAUGUCGUUGAGGUUCACAGGCAGGCUGGAGACCAGAUGGCCGCGGCAGUCUGGGCUGUACCACGCCGCUAUUCCGAGUUCCAUGAUCUCCACCAAAGACUACGUCGAAGAUACCCUUCCACGAGGAGUCUCGAGUUCCCAAGACGGAGGGUAGUGAUGAAACUACAGAAGCAAUUCCUUCAAAAUCGACGUAUUGCCCUAGAGCACUACUUGCAGCAGUUGCUUCAGAUGCCGGAUGUGUGUCGGAGCCGGGAAUUGAGAUCGUUCUUAUCGCAACAGAGCAUCAUGUCUCAGCAAGAAACAAACAGCGUUUCAAACGCACAGGAUAUUGUCAGCCGGAUUUACAACUCGGUGACUGAUGGCAUGGACGAGUUUCUAGGCAAUGUCUCGGUGCUGGAUCAAUUGUCUGUAGCAGGUCAGAACCUGAUCACCGCGGCCACCAAUCAGCUCGGCAUGAGCCAAGGAGAUAUUGUUCCCCUUGACCCGGGUCCGGUCGCCGAGGCGGAAGCAGAGCUGUCGGCUUUCGAAGACAAAGAACUGGAACCGUUCGUCAAGCCAAUUUGUGAUAUCUUCCUCGAGACGUUCGAGCUCAACCGCGGCAACAACUGGCUACGUGGUCGAGCUGUGAUUGUCGUGCUUCAUCAAUUACUCGGAGGUACGAUUGAGCGCAAGAUUCGUGAGAUUGUUAAGAGUUUCACCGAGGAAGACUCACUGCUCAAAUACAUUGACAUGGUCAAGGAGAUGAUGUGGCCUGGUGGCGGGCCCAUGAGAGUAGCCACACCAAGGACUGGGGCUGAGAAAAAGAAGUCCAGGUCUGAAGCGUCGAUGAUGCUCGCUACUCUCGUGCCCGAUCUGGCGGGCAAUGUGGUUGGAAGAGCGAAUGCGACUGCUGCCGCCAGGAGGAUUUCGGCGACGAUGAAUAACGCAAGGCUGAAUCAGCAUUUGGUGUUUACUAUCUUGGAUGAGAUCGUUGGGGUUCUGUUUGACCCUGUAAAGAAGGGCUGAUUUUGAUGCCUAGUCCUUCAUAUACGUUCCUAAUGUCAUCACUGUGCUAUCAGUAUUUCUCCUCAAACAACGAAUCAUUGCGCCGUCAGCUAACUAGACGAGGAGCAUUCACUGCAUCCUCCCUCAAUCUUCACCAAUUCCGCAUUAUACCAGAUAUUACAUAUGUACUCUCCCUGAAGUUGCUGCACGAUCUACACUCUUAUUCUAGCCACCAAGCCUCUAACACCCUCCACACCUCGCGCAAGGAAAUGUCUAGCGACCUCCCUUGUACUGCGCAGACCAUUCCUCGCCGUGAACACGACACCCCAAACCGCCA